GCACUCGCAAUUUGCAUCUACAGAAAAAAUAGGGGAGGGGGAAUCAGGCCCUCAAACUGGGGUCAUCCCUGUCGUGUGGCAACCAAAUAGUAUUGCAUGGGAGGGGGGGAAUUAAAAAUGAAGAGUCCGGCUAGCAUACAAGGUCCUGCCAGCGCCGCUGCUGGACCGUCUUGUCUGUUCUCAUCCACUGAUGCCUGGAAAUUAUGGCAAAGUAGAAAUAUUUCUUGAAGAAACAUCUUCUGGAUUCAGCUAGCAAAUAUUGUCUGGCAGUAUGGGGUCAUUCCUCCAAGUAAACAGAAAAUGUAGGAGAUUACCAGUGCUGUUGAGAGGAUUGUUGAACAAUGAUGGAUUCCUGUUUAGGACCCUUGGUUCUUCUUCCUCUUUUUAUGGGAAGAAGAAAACAACCAGCAAGUAUGAAAAAACUGACCAAAAAAAAUACAGAGAUUUGAUCCACUACCUCACAUCCCACAAAGAUAGUUCUCAAAGUCCUGAAUCAUUAUUUGAAGAAGAUAACAAGCUCUACGGACCAGUAAGUAAAUAUAAGCCACCAGAUCAGGAUACUGAACCAAAACUUAACGAGAACUGGAUUCCCCUAAUGAAUUCCAAUAAGAGCUCUUUGCCUCAGAAAACUACUCCAGGACAGCCCUUGCAAAUCAGUUUGCAAAAGAACUACUUGGCUAGUGUGACAGCUGUUCUACAGCAGACCAUGCCUGUGGAACAGGCUUUUUAUUUGGAGAGGUGGAAACAGCGAAUGAUUCUGGAACUUGGGGAAGAUGGUUUUGCAGAAUAUACUAAAAAUAUCUUUCAACAAGGUAAACUUUUUCAUUCAGCUAUGGAAAUGUUACUAUUAGCUGAAGGAAUGCCUGUGAAGGAGCAGGAAGAUGACAUUAAUGUCUCUGGCUACAUAACAAGUGUACAGCACGUGCUAAAAGAUGUUACUGGAGUGAGAGCCGUUGAAAGUGCAGUACAGCAUGAGACCCUUCAUUACAAAGGCCUAGUGGAUUGUGUGGCAGAAUAUCGAGGGAAAUUAUGCGUAAUUGAAUGGAAGACGUCAGGGAAACCAAAACCAUUUCUCCGGAAUACUUUUGACAAUCCGCUACAGCUUGCGGCAUACAUCGGCGCCAUAAACCAUGAUGGCAAUUACAACUUCCAGGUUAAUUGUGGACUCCUUGUGGUUGCCUACAAAGAUGGUUCUCCUGCACAUCCACAUUACAUGGACUCUGAGCUAUGCUGUCAGUACUGGAACAAAUGGCUGUAUCGCUUGGAAGAAUAUAAAGAGAAGAACAGUGGAACUGUGUAACACAUUUUCUUGGAAUUUAAGACCCUUACUACUUUGACUUUGAAGCUAAUAGUGGAACUAAAUGUUAGUGGAAAAACAUGCAUUUUGUCUUAAUGUGGGCCAUUUGCAGGGAAAGGAUUAAGCAUUGUCUCCUUUGCACCUACCAAUUCUCCCCUGCCAUUUCCCCCUGGCCAAUUUUUUAUUGGGAGCAGGCUUUCCUAGCUUGCCCUGAAACCAGAAACCAAGGUGGUGGAGAAAUGACCUUGGGAGUAGAACUUACAAGAGAGAGUGAGCAGGUGUGGAUGGUGCUUAAGCAUCCCUCAUCCUUUUUAUGGCUGCAAAUUCUCUACUGCAAAUCCCUUCUAUGACCCUGCACUAUUUUUAGCAAAUACAGGUUUUGAGAAGUUUCUCUUAGAAAUGAGUUUCCGUUCUGCUGUGUUUCUUUACCUGUUGAGUGGGGGACUCCUUGCCAAUCACAGAUGCAAAUGAAAAAGCCUAAGGGGAUACUGCCAGUUCAAAUUGUGCUCAGUUGUUCAACACAGCAGCUCGGACCCAGCAAAUACUUUGUCAGCAUGACACAUCAGGGCUCCCAUCAGGACUCCACUUGUGGUUUUCAGGCUAAAAGGAACAACAAUUAAAAAAACCCUCUCUAGUAGACCUUUGGUUCCUGCUUCUGCUUCUUUCUUUCUGGGACUGACUGGACUUAGUGUCUGGAACAGAGAGGGAAGGAGGGAGGUCAAAUUAGGGUAAGUGUGGAUGAGAGGGGGGAAAAGUGGAACAGGAAAAAUGUUUGCAUGAUGAGGGAAGAGAGAAGCAGAUUUUUUGUUGGAGUUAUAUAUAGGGGAACUAACUUUGGAGUUAGUGUGUGGAACAAGUUGAUCCACUAGGCUCCACUUAUCAGUGUAUGUUGUGUGCUUGAUAUACAAUCCUUAGGUUUAAUUAACCAUUUUACAUUUGAACCAAAGUCUGACUCCUGCACCUGUUUUCUGAGGAGCCAAUGAAAUAUCUGCAUUAAACUUUGUAUGUUCAUUUUUUACAUAACUCUACAUUGUAGUUUAAACACCUCCAUUUUAAACACCUACCAUUUUUUUAAGGUGGGGGAAGAAAAGAUGCAAAAUAGAUUGUAAUGUAAUAUGUGAAUCAAGGGCUCUUAAACAUUGUACUUUUUACUAUUAGCCUGGCCCAUUCCAGUUUAUACAGUACUGUGAUGUAACAAACCAUUUAUUUUAACCUCUGCUUUGUCACUAUGGUUGAUCUCAAAAGUGCCUCUGUGUCACGCACAAUAAAGCACAGUCAACUGUU